AAUGAAGACCAUUCUCAGCAACCAGAUUGUUGACAUUCCCGACAGUGUUGAUGUGACUUUGAAAGGUCGUACUGUCAUUGUAAAGGGGCCUCGAGGAACAUUGCGCAGGGAGUUUAAUCACAUCAACCUUGAACUCAGCCUUCUUGGCAUCAAGAAAAAGAAGCUUCGAGUUGACAAAUGGUGGGGUAACAGAAAAGAGUUGGCUACAGUGCGGACAAUCUGCAGCCACGUACAGAACAUGAUCAAGGGCGUCACAGUAGGUUUCCGUUACAAGAUGAGGUCGGUGUAUGCUCAUUUCCCCAUUAAUGUGGUUGUUCAGGAAACAGGAUCUCUGGUAGAAAUCCGUAACUUCCUGGGAGAAAAGUAUAUUCGUAGAGUCCGUAUGAAGCCAGGUGUUUCAUGUAUUGUUUCCCAGGCCCAGAAAGAUGAGCUUGUUCUUGAGGGAAAUGACAUUGAACUGGUGUCGAACUCUGCUGCCCUGAUCCAACAGGCAACAACAGUCAAAAACAAGGAUAUCCGAAAGUUCUUGGAUGGUAUUUACGUCUCUGAGAAGGGUGCAGUUGUUGAGACCACAGCAUAAACAUAAUGGAUUAAAGCUGCUCUCAUUCAACAAGCAACAACAGUGAAAAAGAAGGAUAUUCGUAAAUUCCUGGAUGGUAUCUACGUGAGCGAAAAAACCACUGUUAUUCCACAGUUCAUUGAAUAACCAUUGGCUCUUUGGUAGAAACCAAUGAAUAAAUUUUAUGGACUGAA